CUUGCGCUGGGCGGGCAGAGGGUUUGGGGCUCGGGCGCGCAUGCGCGGCAGGAGCUGGCCGCGCGCUGUGCGCAGCUGCCGGCCCAGUGUGAAGCCGCAGAUGGAGCCUCCCCCUGGCGCCGCAGAAAAUUCUAAGCUGAGGCAUGUAGAAAAAGAUGUUUUGAUUCCACAAAUAAUGAGGGACCGAGCCAAGGAGCGGUGUUCAGAUAAAGUGCAAGCAUUUACUAGAUGCUGCCAAGAAACUGGACUUCUAAUGGUAGUGAAGUGUCGGAAAGAGAACUCGGCACUGAAAGACUGCCUGGUUGGCUACUAUUCUGAUCCAUUAUUCUAUGAAGAAUGCAAAACAGAGUACUUGAAGCAGCGAGAAGAAUACAGAGCAACCGGAAUUAAGAAAAAAAAACAGAAGUUUGCUUCGAAUGUGUAGUUGGAAUGGAAAAUUAUCAUAUCUGAUUUUAUAUCCAACUUGGAUUUAAAUCAUCUGCACCCCCCUGUGUGGAAUUUAACACAAAAUGA